GUUAAACUGACUACUGCUGCUGCAAGUCGAACGCUCAGGAUAAUUUUGAAAUUUUAUUGAAAUUAUGUGAAAUAAAUAUUAAAUAAUAAAUUUUUGUUGGUUGAUUCUUACGUUAAGAGUUAUUUUAAAUAAUAAUUAAAAGUUGAAUAAAAAUUAAAAAGAAAAAAUUGUGAAAAUUAUUGAAAAAUAUGGCAAAGUCAGCUACUUACAUGAAAACUUUCGUACUGAUUAGUUGCAUAGUAUUCGUUGUCUGUUCAAUGCAGGCACAAGCAAUCGGAUGUGACAGUUGUGGUCGAGAAUGUGCGAGUGCUUGCGGUACUCGUCAUUUCCGCACUUGCUGUUUCAACUACUUACGAAAACGGAGUAACAUCCCGCCGCUUCCUGCUCAACAACAACAGCAACAACAAGACAUCCCUCCAUCUGGUAUCAACUUUGAAAUAUGGCUUGCCAAAUCCCAACUCGCCCGAAAUUAUCUCAACAGUUUAUCAGGAGCGUCGCAGGAUUGGAGUCACAUUGCUUUUGAUCCAUCUGCCCGCUGGAAGGAAGUGAUUCACGAAGUAAAGGACCACAAAAUGAACAAUUUGAACAAUAAUGAGCAGGAAGGUCCUUUGCAAUUUGUCUUCGACACCUCAUCUUAAAGAAAUCCGGCUCCAACGUCUUUCGCGAGAGAUAAGACUUCAUACUUGACUCCCUAUUUGAUGCACUUUUGAGUUGUUUGUAAAUAAUCCCUCACACCACUGUAAAUGUCAGAAAAUGGAGAAACGAGACUUUCAGCAGGAUUUUUAUAUAAAAAGGCUGGUUAUAUAAAAAUCGUGCGAAAGUAAAUAAAAUUUGAAUGU